AAAUAGAAUUAAAAGUUGCACUAAAACCCAUCCCAAAAUGAUAAAUCUCUUGGUGGCAGGGAAUGUGAUCACCGAUGCAAUGAUACAACACAACCUGCGUCAUUUUGAAGGCGUUUGGAGCGAUGUAGGGAUGGCGGUGGUCAACGGAGGUGGUAUACGCUCUUCAAUGAACAUAGGGAACAUCACAACAGAGAAUGUUAUCUUUGUCCAGCCGUUUAGAAAUGAAGUUGACAUUGUUGAAGUUACCGGACAAACACUUCUGGACGUGUUUGAGUACUGUGCUAGCAGAUGGAUCAACUCUACAGACAGCGGCUUUGGUGGGUUUUUGCAAGUUUCUGGCAUGAGAGUGACGUACAACAUGGAUCGUCCAGUGGGUCAGAGAGUUCACGAACUUCUGGUCACCUGCACACAGUGCGACAUUCCCAGGCUGGAGAACGUCCAAGUGGACAAACACUACAAGAUACUGGCUAUUACUUUUAUGGUCAAAGGUGGCGACGGUUAUGAUGUUUUGAAGUCAAACAUCAUUAAGAGAAUUCCUUUAGGAGAUUUAGACACCGACAUUUUGAUCAGCUAUUUAAAAAAGUUCAGCCCCAUAACGACAGGUCUGCAGGAUCGGAUCCGGUUCGAAUCAAAUGUAACUGAGGCCUUCGUUUCAAACAUUGCAACCAUCCAAUCUGUCUACUCACCUGCGCUUAUUUUGUUUAUAUCAUUUAUAUCAUCCAUUAUGCUGCUGUAUUAAUCUCACGUGAUCUGCAUUGUUUUGGAAGUUACAGCACAUGUUCAUAAAUGUCAUAUGAUUGGUAUUUCCAGACAUUAUAUGAUACUGUGUCAUGAAAGAUACAACAUAUGUUCUUAUUUACCAUAUAAACUAUAUUAUUGUGUACCACAUUAUGAUAAAUUGUUAUGAAAGAUGCUACACAUGUUCAUAUCUCCCCUAUCCUGUAUGCUCCUAUCUGAGGUUUACGAAUUGUAUGAAAAGUGUUGUUAAGUCUAUAGAUGAACAUUUCUAGUGUAUAGAACUAAAUUUUCAUUACGAAUUACAAAUAUAAAAUAUAUGGUGAUAGAUGCUGCACUGAUGCCACAAUUGGUUUGGUUUUGGUCAUGUUAAAUUUUAUAA